AUGCCGCCAUGGGGGUAUGAUCAGGUGGCACAUGAUGUGGUCCUUCAGAAGCUUCCGGUGAGAUUCGCUCUCGAUAGAGCUGGCCUAGUUGGUGCUGAUGGCCCAACUCAUUGUGGCGUAUUUGACACAACCUUCAUAGCUUGUUUGCCAAACAUGGUGGUUAUGGCUCCUUCUAAUGAAAUCGAACUCAUGCACAUGGUAGCCACUGCUGUAGCCAUAGAUGACAGGCCUAGUUGCUUUAGGUUCCCGAGAGGGAAUGGCGUUGGUUCCAUUCUUCCAAAUAACAACAAAGGCACGCCAUUGGAGGUUGGUAAAAGUAGGGUGUUGAAAGAGGGAAGCAAGGUAGCUCUAGUUGGAUAUGGAACAAUGGUACAAAGCUAUGUGGCGGUAGCAAAGGUUCUUGAAGCACACUGCAUCUCAACAACUGUGGCUGAUGCUCGAGUUUGCAAGCCUCUUAAUGGACCAUUGAUGAUGCAACUUGCAAGAGAGCAUGAAAUCUUGAUAACAGUUGAAGAGGGUUCCAUUGGAAGGUUUGGUUCUCAUGUUUCUCAUUUCCUUGGCCUCAAUGGACUCCCUGAUGGCAACCUUAAGUGGCGAGCCAUGACUCUACCAGAUAGAUACAUUGAGCAUGGAUCUCAAAAGGAUCAAAUUCAAGCAGCGGGGUUGAGUUCAAACCAUAUUGCAGCUACUGCUUUGUCAUUAACCAAUGUUCAAUGGGACAAUCGUUUGCUUCUCAGCAUGCAAAUAUGA